GUGGCACCUCUGUUUCCUCUCGCUUGGAAGGAUUCGGUAACGUCGUUUGGGGGUGGAAUGGGGAUCCAGAGCAUUAUUUUAUACGCAUAAAAUCGGAUCUCAUUCUCAGGUCAGCUCAGUCCAAAGAUUACUCCUUUUCGCGUUAGAGAAGCGCCGCCGUUACCAUUCCUAGCUAUCAUCCGCUCGGUAGCCAAUAUUCUUGUGCUGUGCUGUGUAGCACGUGAGACCACAGUAGUACCUGCCUGAGCUAAAUUGAAAUACAUAUACCUCGAUGAAGAAGGAUCUGUGGCAGGCGGCGGCGGCGGUGGUGCCGGAUCUGUCGCUGGCGUUGGCGCCGGCUAGCAGCAGCCAAGAGCGGGACGAGGACCCUGUUCCGAUGGCGUGCGUGGACGGCAAGCCGGUGCGGCUGUUCCAGUGCCUCUUCUGCGACAAGACGUUCCUCAAGUCGCAGGCGCUCGGCGGCCACCAGAACGCGCACCGCAAGGGCCGCCUCGACGGCCUCCUCUCCGACCCCUACAGCGACGACAGCCUGUUCGGAGGCGCCCCCGUCGCGGCGGCGUCCACCGGGUCGUCGCGCUAUUUUGGCACCUCCAUCGUCUCGCACGGCGGCGCUGGCUUGGCGGCGGCGCCAACGGCCGCCGAUGCCUGCAGGCCAGAGAGGAGGGGGUUGGGCGGCAGGGCUCCGCGGUUCGCGGAGCACGCGCUGCCCCUGGACCCGUAUGCUGGAGGCGACGGGGUGGUGGCCUGGCCAAGGGCCUCCGUCGCAAGCGGCGCCGGCGAGGCGUUGGACCUCGAGCUGCGCCUUUAGCUAGCGUCGCCUCGCUGGCUGCUGUGCUGCCACUCAUAUCGCACAGUGCCAGUGAUCUUCAACUUGUGUAGCAAUCUUGACGUACAAAGUGCGUCCAGAUGCUGAAGAUGGUGGUGAAGGGAGGAAGCACGCGACAAACAUGGAUGAACUGCUGGAAGAAUUGCAAUUGAAAAUAUCUGGGAUUGGAAGGAUACAAUCCCAGCCCUUUCUGGAUUGUAAUAUGUACAUGUUUCCUGCUUAUUCGUCAUUUUCCUUGCUGCGUAGUUUGCUGUGACGAACUCUGCUUUUACAGUUGCAGGCAUAAUUUGACCAUGCACUCACUGUAUUUAUGCUACUACUGUAGUAGUAUCUUUCUCGGAGUCUCCAAAAUAUGUGCUCUUAUAUGGAUUCACUCAUUUGUUAAGUACUCUCUCCAUUCGAAA